AUGUUUGGAUUUGUAAUCUCGAUAUGUGAAAAAAAAUUAAACAAAGCCACAUCAUUUUAUGAAUCUGAUCCAAUCGACUAUGAUGAAAACAAUGAAAUUGAUUUAAUAAACUCCACUGACUUAGAUGAAGAACGUUUUGGCAAUAUUACUGAUAAAAUAAAUGAAGAACUUUUUGAAAAUGCAAUUAGGAAGAAAUCAAGGUUUAUAAAUUGGGAUGAACUAAGUAAUGUUUCAAAACUUGAUGAAGGCUACUUUGGGUUCAUAUUCAAAGCUUAUUGGAAAAAUGCGAGUAGAAAUGUCGUUUGUAAGGCAUUGAUCAACUUGAAAGACAUAAACAGUAAAUAUUAUGCUGCAUUUAUUCAUGAAUUAACAAUGCAGACUAGGGCGGAUCUUUGUGAAAAUAUCGUUCGAUUUUUGGGAGUCAGUAAAGAUACUAUCAAUGACCGAUAUUUCCUUAUAAUGGAAUAUGCAACUGAUGGGAAUUUACGAAUGUUUCUUAAAAGAAAUAAUCAUUCACUGGAUUGGCAUCAGAGAUUAGAGCUGGCCUGUCAGAUUAAUAAAGGAUUACAUUAUAUGCACAGUGAAGAUAUUAUUCAUAGAGACUUGCAUGAUAAGAACAUUGUUAUUCAUGACGGCAAAGCAAAAAUAACGGAUUUUGGAAAUGCCAUAAGUAUUAACACACAGACAAAUAUACUUGAUGGUCUUUUUGGGAUGAUUUCUUUUGUAGCUCCUGAAUUAUUUAAUCAAGCCAAAUCGGAUAAAAUAUCAUACAGCAAGAAAACAGACAUCUAUAGCCUUAGCAUGCUAUUUUGGGAAUUAUCUAGUGGUCGUCCACCAUUUGAAAAUCAAUUAAAUAGGAUUGAAUUAGCUAUCAAAGUUGUUCAAGGUGACAGAGAAGAUACAAAAUAUGGAACACAUGAAUAUAGGAAUCUUUAUAUCAAAUGCUGGGAUGCAGAUCCAGAUAAACGUCCAGACACUGAAAAAGUGUACAAAUUGUUAGAAGAAAUAGUGAGCUCUAAGAACUUGCCAGAGAUUGACCCUAGUACUAUUAAUCUUGAAGCUGAACAAACAAAAUCGACUGUAGUCGAUGAUUCAAAACUUCAGGAACUUUCUUUGUCGACGAUAGAAUGA